CCUCGACUUACCCACCCCAGGCCGCCGGCAGGUGGAAGAUGAGAGCCGGGACUCUUUGGCGGUGAGAGGAUUUAGAGAGGAAGACCACCCACCCAUUCGCCCCACCUGAGAAGGAUUGGACCAUCCUACGCCAAAGACAAGGACACCAUGGGGCAGUGCCAUUCAGCCAAUUCUGAGGACGCUCAAGAGUUCAGCGAUGUGGAACGAGCCAUCGAGACGCUGAUCCACAAUUUUCACCAGUAUUCGGCCCAGGGGGGUCGCGAGACCCUCACUCCAGCCGAACUCCGAGAUCUGGUGGUCGAGCAGUUGCCCCAUCUCAUGCCGGGCAGCAGUAACCUGGAGGAGAAGAUUGCCAACCUGGGAUCCUGCAAUGGUUCGAAGCUGGAGUUUGGGAGUUUCUGGGAGCUGAUCGGUGAAGCCGCCAGGAGUGUCAAGAUGGAGCCCACCGGGCGAACGGGGACUGGGGACGGCCAGAAUUGA